AAAAGAGGCUGGACUUCCUGGAACUUGUAAAUACCUAAAUCAAGGGUUCAAAAUGUGUUAUUUGUUGGUUUCUUGUGAAGCAGAUCGAAGCUUUUACACUCAGCAUGUUGUUAAGAGACCAUGUGACAGAGGGGCUCAAAUGCAAAGAAAGGGGGUUAGACACAAGAAUGUGAGCCAACGUUGAGACGAGUGUGUGGGUGAACGCUGUUUAAUACUGCAGCUGGUGAACUGUAAUGAAGAUUAAAUCUAUGGGACAGUAGAAACGGUCUUUGAAGGACUUCUGGAAUGAACGUGACACAAGACUACGUGGAAACAGGCAACGUCUAUCAUGACGGAAACAUAUCUAGCAACAGCAGCAUGGGUAUCCUGAACAUUUCCAGACCCAUGAACACAGCAAUAAAUAUUAUAACCAUCUCCAUCCUCUUCAUAACUAUGAUUUCCCUUGGCUGUACAAUGGAAAUCUCUAAAAUAAAGGCCCAUCUCCUUAAGCCAAAAGGGGUAGCCAUUGCACUGUUGGCCCAGUUCUGCAUCAUGCCUCUUACUGCUUUUUCUUUGGCCAAGUUUCUCAAGAUGGAUUCCAUAAAGGCUUUGACUGUGCUCAUCUGUGGCUGCUGUCCAGGGGGAAACUUAUCAAACAUCUUUUCCUUAAUAGUGAAAGGUGACAUGAAUCUCAGUAUUGUCAUGACAACCUGCUCCAGCAUCUCUGCCUUGGGGUUUAUGCCUUUGCUGCUCUACAUCUUCAGUCAAGGCUUUACUGGUCUGGAAAAUGCUGUGCCGUACAUCGGCAUCAUCACCGCCCUUGUGCUCACCCUGGUGCCUUCUGCUAUUGGCAUUCUCAUCAAUCACUACAAACCAAAUUACUCAUCAACUGUCAAAAAAGCUGGUCUCAGCAUGUUGAUAAUCUCCAGCAUCACACUUGCAAUCCUUUCAAGUCUUGCAGUCAAGGAUGUAUUAUGGAUGAUCUUCAUGUCGGAUGUUCUCUCUGUGGCUGCAUUGAUGCCUCUGAUUGGCUUCAUGCUGGGAUAUGUCAUGUCUGUCAUUUGCAGACUCAAUCCUCAAUGCAGCAGGACCAUUUCCAUGGAGACAGGCUGUCAAAACAUCCAGCUGUGCACCGCCAUUCUUAAAGUGGCCUUUUCUCCACAGGUCAUUGGACCCAUGUUUCUCUUCCCUCUGUUAUACAUCACAUUCCAGUGUACUGAGGCCCUUCUAUUAGCCCUGUGUUUCAGAUGUUACCAAACAGUCAAGCCACAAGCUGCGGCAGACACAAGAAUACAGACGUUCGAUGAGGCUCAACAAGAGGAUGUGACAGUAUUAUAGAUGACCGCAGAGGGCCACUGAUGAGAUGAGCUUUGGAAACAGUCACUUAAUGCUAAUGUGUCACCAUUUAUCAGACCUGUGAUGCUAACCGAAAGACUCCAAAAGUUUUUUCAACCGUUACAACUCUCAUUUUCUAUUUGAUCAAGCCUACAAUGUGAUCAAUAUUGUAAUAAAAAGCUCAUUAGAAUAAUGACAUUUGGUAUUUGUCCUUUUGGCCAAUGGAUUUGCAAAUGUUCUUGCUUAAGCUUAAAAAAGAAAUUCAAGUAACAAUCACAAGUU